AUGAAGAUGCAACCAUAUCCUUACUGCGGACGCCGCAACUUCAAUGAGGAUAGAUUUAUUAUUGUGAGUACAGGGAGGUUUGGUGAUAGACAUUCUAGUUUUGGAUGGCAGUAUGCACCCUGCACCGGUUUGAUUGACAAUUUUGACGCGGGGGGUACAGACUAUACUCUACAGUCAGUACGAUCGUCAGUCGAGCCGCGUUUGUCGGACAGUGCGGUCGUGUUUUGUGUUACGUUAACCGAAUGCCGGGAUACGAGAACGCGCGAUGGCUGUCCACGGCUUGAGAGCUGCGAUAUGUUGAAGCAUGCACAGCGGCCGCCGGCGGCGAACGAUGACCAUCGAUAUCAGAACAUGCCGCGGCGGCCGCACCACCACCUACCGCUCAACGUAUCAACUCUAGACUCUUCCAAACAUUCCGUAGGAGGAACGUCCGCUAGCGUCAGUCCUGGAGCUCAGCCAGCUACCACUACGGUGCCUGUAGUAACCCCGGUGCCGGUGGCAUCACCCCCCAAACUUGCCAAUGGAAAUGCCACCGGGGUGAAUGCCAGACCAGUCUCUAACAGGUCGAGGAGCACGCGCGCCGCUACAGAGGAAGCGUUGACUUCCCUGGCAUUAUUAUGCCUCGUCAGCUUAUUAUUAGCGUUACUGGCAUUAUUAUUUCUGCUGAAAAUAUCAGCGCCAGCGACUAGUGCGCCCGAGGAAUUCGCUGUAGUGUACGAAGUGACUCUAGCGUUGUGCGCGUUGACGCUAUCAUUGAACCUCUGCUGUCUUCUAGUCUGUGCUAUCCAGUUUCUGUUCGCGGUGAAGCUCGUGCAUUCCCCAUCAGCUCCUAACGGCAGAUCAAAUAAAUAUCUUCAGAAGUCUGCCAUCACCCGCGUGUGCGCUGUCGGAGGCUUCUUCAUAUCUAUACCCGUGUUUUUAACCGGUAUAAUUUUAUACACGUUCAUACAAUUCCAUUCAACGCCGGCGAUCGUGACGUCAGUGUUCAUUGGCGUUGGGAUAAUAUUCUGCGGCUGUGCCAUGGUUCAUAAUGUUUUCGUCUGGCAGAAGGAAAAAACUAACUUGGUCAAAGCAUUCAGGACAGAAAAUGCAUCUAACGGCGUUGUAGCGAACGGCCAUCUUAAUAAUACUGGAAACUUAAGUUUUCAUAGCAUGACGCAAUACAAUCAUCCUAUAACGCUUCUACAGCAAGGAGGCCCGUAUGUCAUAAGGCCUCCAACGAGUACUCCGCCGGGGGAAGGCGCCGCGUCGCCCGGAGUACCAGCCGCCACUAUCGACCUCAGUCACGACACUCACGAGUUGAGCACACUCGUAUAA